AUGUACAUUAUCGUAGCCGGUACGGCCAUUAUUAGUUCCUUGGAAUGCUUCAGCCUGUGUUACCUGGUGGAUUCUCUGAAGGAUGUUUUCGAAUCGAUCUCCCGACACAUGUUCUACCUCUGUGCCCGGCUCCCUUACUCAAAGGAUCACCACAAUGAUUACUUGGACAUGCGGGUCACCCUGCAGAUUAUCGCGAUGUGCUCCCGUAAGGCCGUUACGUUUGGAUGCGCCGGAGUUUCCGAAAUUUCGAUUGCCGUUUUCACCGACAUGCUCAACACUUGCUACUCGGUGUUUACGUUUCUGCGGAAGAUGGUGUAAGGAAGCUGCCGCAAGCAGAACAACAGAUUGAAAGAUAAAGUUAUCAUAUGUUUGUCAUAAAAAGUAGGACGAAAAAGUAGCACAAUAAAGAUUCACUAGAUUCACCAAAAAA